AUGCCGAUCUAUCAGGUCAACCAGACGAUAGACGACUCCUCGCCGUUGAUCCGCUACUCUGCGAAUUGGGCCGCUGGCCAAAAGACGGAUGUAAAAUGGACAGAAUACUUUCUCGGGAGCUACAUGAUGUGCAGUAGGGCAGGAGAGAAUGCUACGUUCAGCUUCGUCGGAACAGCCGUCUGGCUUUACGGUGCCCUUCGUUCGAACCAUGGAUUGUACAACGUCACACUCGACGGGAAUACUGUCCAACGCGAUGGCUUCGGAGUCGAUCUGUAUAAACAGGUGCUCUUUGCGGCCACCGAUCUCACGCCGGGACCUCACGAAGUAGUCCUGACGAACACGCGGAACUCAUCUACCUUUGCAAAUCUCGACCUGGACUAUAUUGUUUGGCAAGAGCAGCUCGGAAACGACGGAGAUGUUUUCCAGGAUACAACCGUCGAAGACGAUAAUACGGCAUUUGAAUAUGGUCCCAUUUCGACCGCGUGGAACCCAGAUGCUUCAAAUGACUAUCACGGCUCCUCUGGCCGUACCACCGUCAGUGCAACGGCGUUCGUCACAUAUACCUUCAAUGGCUCGGCCGCAACAGUCUUUGGCUUGGUGGGCCCAUCCCAGGGGCCGUACACUGUUUCGCUCGAUGGAGCUGCUGCAACAAACUUUACCGCAAAGGCGAAUGACAGACACGUACAGCAGAUAUUGUACCAUGUCACUAAUCUCGUGGAUGGGGUACACACUAUCCGGAUCGCCAACGCGCCAGCAACGACGGGUGAUGCACUCACCAUCGACUAUGCGGUCUUCUCUAAGCUCCAACCUCCGGUCGUCACAACAACCUCUACAACGAGCACGGAGACAUCGACGAGCACAACCACCUCGGAUACUCCUACAUCUGAGCCGACUAAUACGCAGCCUGUCAACCCAGAAAGGAAGGGACUGGGCACGGGAGGUAUUGUUGCAAUCGUCGCAGGCACUCUCGCCCUUCUAGCAAUGCUCAGCUUUGCAUUGAUGAUGUAUCGCCGUCGAAAGAAGAGUCAAGCUGAGGAAGACGAACCUGACAUGACUGCUGCGUUCCCCCAGCCAUAUACCUACGACAACAGCGGGUUCAACCAAGGCGCGGGACGUUAUAUUCCUCCAAGCCAGUAUAUGCAAGGCGGCUACAAUCCUCUCGAUAGCUCCAGUGCAAAUCCCACUCCAUUAUACCCCCCUAGCCGAGCUCCAUUCGACCAGUCCCAGCGAAAUACCGAAUACUUUGGACCGGGUCAUCAUGUAGACGGUGCAUCUCUGUUCAGCGGUGCAGCUCCUGGACUCCCAAGGAGUGGUGCUUCUGUAGCCGCAUCUCGACCACGUAUGGAUUCAGGAGCAUCAAGCGGGCUUCCUUACAAUCAGUCCGAGGCUGCCUCGACCGCAGCCUACGGUGCAUAUACGGCUAUUUCAAACGGUUCGAGUCGGAUGCCUGAACACGGUCAUGGCCAAGGAUACACCGACGAGCCUCCUCUCCCUCCCUUGCCACCUCACGCAGCCCCAUUGAGCCUUCAUACCCCACCUCCUGCACCACCAGGAUUGAUACCCCCAAGAAAGGGACAAGUGACACUUCCACCGAGCGCGAGUGCUGAGCAGCGCCAGGAGUUCCAGGGUGUUGAUCAAGAAGAGCUUCGACAACGAAGAAUGAAUGUCGAAGGACGAGAACAGGACUUUGGUCCAUUGGCUCUCGACGACCACUUGAUCACCCCGGCUGGUGUGCCACUUCCUCCCAAUUAUGCUCAAGCGACGGAGUCGUUCAAACGAUAG